GUUGGGAAUUUAAUUUCGCCGAAGAAGAAGAAAGUCCUUUAUUUCUUGCUUUUUCCCUCUUUUUUUUUUCGGUAAUGAAAUGGGAGAGAUGGAGAUGGAAGAAAUCGAAGCAGUCCUCGAGAAAAUCUGGGAUCUGCACGACAAGCUCAGCGACGAGAUUCACUUGAUUUCCCGCUCUCACUUCCUCAAAUCCGUCAAACCACCUCCUAGAUCCGAGGAGAAGAAGAAGAGGAACAGCCACCACUCCGCCGAAGAGAAGCCACAGCAGGGAUACGUCUUCAUCAAGGGCUUCCCCGUUAACGACAACAACGAUUCAGCGAUUCAAGAGGCCAAGAGUCUUAACGCGAUUCGAACCGCGCUUGAGCACCUCGAAGACCAGCUCGAGUUCUUCCAUACUAUAUACACACAGCAACGAACAGAGAGAGAUGUAGCGGUUUCCCGGCUUGAACAGAGCAGGAUGUUACUAGCAAAGAGAUUGGCUGAACACCACGGGAAGAGCUACGGAGUUCUAGAUGAAGCUCUUGCCUUCGUUGGGACCAUUAAAACCGCUACACAUCAAGUUUACAACUCCUCUCCAAACCCAGCCGGGGCUAACUCUACUCCAAAGUCGUCGAACUUUGUAGUCAACGCCUUUGCGUGGACUUUCGGGUUUUCCAAAAGAGCACUUGGAUUCAACCAUGUGAGAGGCGUUCUAGGAAACGCUGCUAUAUUCGCUAUAAGCAUGGUCGCUAUGCUACAUCUUCAGCAAGUGGCGUCUAGUGAACAUCAUCGUCUAGGAGGGAAGAAAGAAGAGAGAUACCAACUGAGGAAAGCAUACAGAGGAGAGAUGUCUUCGUCUGACAUAAGCUUGGACCACUUGGACGUGAUGAUGGCUCGUGGUUAAAAGAGUAGAGACCAGAUUUCCAACUUGUCUACACGUGAUAUACUCAGACCUGCAGCAAUGGAAAUAUAAGACAAAAAAAAUGUGAAAAACAAGAAGAGAAGAGAUAGUUCCUUUCUUCUCGAUAUAAUGAGCGAAAGGAUAAGAACUUGGAGGCGAAGUAUUGGAAUUUUCUGAGCUGAGCUAAUCAUUCUUUUUCUUUCAUCAGAUGCAAAUAAUUUUCCUUUCUUCUCGUUUUCUUAAUUUCAGUUACUGUGUUUUUAAGUUUUGCUGGUUGUUAGCUUGCGUGUUUUAUUUUGUUUGAUUACAAGUGUGGUAAGUUUUUUGUAAUCACAGGUUUCUGAGUCGAGAUCUCUUGGGUUGCUCUG